AAUAUAAAGUACAUCGACUACAAUGUACAAUAGGAGAUGUCGUCGUCACCACCACGCCAAAGCAAGCGUUGAUAGACUUCGAGGACUGACCGUGGCUGAAAGUCGAAUUCCAAAUUGAAUUUUAGAUUGUUAAAUAGGGUGCAAGAGGAAGUAGAUCGGAUUGGGCUCCACUGCGGAAGAAUAUUGCGUAACUCGCCCCGGAAGACCGAAAGAUCCAAAAGGAACAGUACACACAGGUACAAUAAGGAUGAGAAAAUGCUUGGUUACAUAUGGUAGAACAGCUGGUGCUGAUGCGGUUGAUUAACGAAUCGAAACUGGUCGAAAGCUACUUCAGAAAUACAAGAUGUAGAAAUACAAGAAAUACAACGAUAUAGAAAACGGGCAAGAAGGAGUAAGACGAUUCCAGUCGAUAGCAGCCACUGUUGCUGGGGCAAGCCGGUAUCGCGACCACAAUGAUCAGUACGAUGAUCACGGUGACUCGGAAUAGAAAUCUUCUCUUACAAGAAUUGAUAGCCUCCAGAAGACUAUCAAAACAAAAAGCGAUUAACGAGAGGAUAGCGUGGCCGUGGAGUAACCGCUCCUGGAUUAGACUUAGAGAUCGCGAAUACAUCGAACAGGAUGGGUGCCGGAUUGAGCCGCAACCUUGGAAAAGGAAGACCGCUCCAGAAACACAGAGGAUGAUUGUUGUAUCCGGUUGUAGGGCGAACACAGUUCGUCGGUUGAGACGCACCGGGAAAAACGUUAGUGUGUCCUCGCUUAUGGAAGGCGGGCGCGAUCUAUCUCGGAGCGCAACGAGCAAGAGUGCUGUGCCGGUUGUAGGACGGACGCAGUCCGUUCUGGGACGCAACCAGCCAAGGCGUUUGGUUGUACGGGACGGGUGCGGCCCAUCCUGGAACGUAACCAAAAAAAAAAAACAAUACUGAUCCCGGUUAUCAGUUUAGAAUGAAAUGCGGUUGCAGCUGGGACGAAGCUGGAUCACGAUCAUAGAAUACACUUACAAGAAGAAGGGAGCCGAAUGAGCUAUCAAGGCUUGUUGGCAAAGAACCAUACGCAGCGGUAUAACAAGUCACGGACGGAUUCCGUUAACGGCAUCCACCAACCGACUGAGGCUACCCCCAUACUGCAGUUGCUGCAAAUAAAGGCCUGUUGUUUAUA